CGGCAGUCUUCCCCAAUAUGCGACGGUGAGUUGUUCCUUUUUCAUUUGAAGAUUGUUUUGUAUCUUCAUUCUUCAGUUUUCCUACAAGUGCCAAUCGUUAAUUUUAUUUCUACUGUGGAGGUUACAAGUGAUAGGAUCUACAUCAAAUUUUCCGAUUUCAGUUUCCCUGUGAAGAGGAGAACAAGAACAGAACAACACUUGCCUGUAAAGCGGAAGAAGGAUUCGAGAUCUCCUCGUAGUCAUUUGUACAUACAUAUCUAUGGAAACGCCGUUAGAAGGAAAAAGCGUCUUAAGGAAUCACCGUCAACUCCUUUUACCAGCCCCAACACCGCCAUUUCCUCUUCCUUGUUGAAACAAGUUUUCUUGCACGAUUGGUGGCUGAUCGAAGCCGAUUCAGGUUUUGAUGGAAAGCGAUUAGGUGUUGGAGGUUUAACUUCCAAAGAGAGCUCCGAAUCCUUCGCGUUAAUGACUCUACUGAAUACUGAUGUCUUUGCAAAUCAAAUGCUGACUAUAACGUUUACUUUGAACUGGUGGUUCUGGAAUCUAACAUUGUUUGUUGACUUCAGAGAAUGCAGGAGCCGAGGGAUAAGAAGCUUCUGCUCUGCACCCAUUAUGACGAGGCAUGACGUCGUUACUCUCAAAACAGUUGAUGGCGUAACAGUUCUGCUCCAUGGACAUCUCAAUAUGUCUCGCUCACUUGAAAAUGGCUUCUCGCAUGAGGUGUGCGAAAAUUUUCAAAUUGGGUUUCCAUAUUACUGGGAAGAAUAUGCAGCCAUAUCCAAUGGUGAAGAUUCGACCCCUGGAGGUAACUGUACCAGUAACUCAUGCGGGAAUAUUUUUGACGAAAUAUUGAAAAACAAAUGUGAUGAUGCUUUUAGUUGUGGUGAGGGCUCGAAUGUGGAUAAAGGAAACCCCAGGCAGAAAAUAGGAAGCCCUCAUGACAAAGUAAAGGAAGUACAACGUACUGUUCCUCUAACGAGAAGUAGAGCCCGUUUGCUCCCAACCAAGACAUAUAUGAUGUUAAAUUGAGAAAAAUGACUUCUUAAAAGAAAGUAUUGUAAAAGAUUAGUGAUUUUCAAGUUCGUAUUGCUGGGGAAAAAAACGGAGAACGAGAGAAGUAAGACACAUGGAUAUUUUUACAAAUGUUUGAUGCAAGUCCUGAUUUUAUGUCGAAACAGAAGAGGAAAUUUUAGCAUGUGCUUGAUAUUGUCACUAUGUCAUGUAUGAAGUUUUCGGACAAAAAACUUCAACUUUGCCCACUUAAUUAUCUAAAUCUGUUGCAGUUUAAGUGAAGCAGAUUUCAACAAAGUUUGAUUCUUUAUCCCGAGUUUUAGUUUUUAUGUAUGUUAUUGCUAGUCUUCUAUGAGGAGAAGCUUUUUAGAUUAUUGACCUCAACUUGCUUGUCCAAAUGUCUUUGGAAAGUUCAUCUUUUUCUUUUC